AUGAUAGCAAAGGAUCUAUUUUUAUUAACAACUAAAGUAAUUUCUAGCAAUAUGAAAAACAAAAAUAUACCUGUUGAUGCAUUUUCAUCUAUCUGUAAUAUUUAUAACAAAAUACUUAACAAAGAAGAUAUUGUGCGAGAAUAUGAACAACUUAUAAAAUCAAAUAUUAAUUUGAAAUCUUUAGAUAAAAAUGUAUAUUCUGUAGUUUUAAAUGCAUUAUCAGACGAGUCAGAUUCAAGUAGUUCAAAUAACUCUGUUGUUCAAAAUGAAUCUAUUGAUGAUUCUCAAAGUAUUUUGAAAACAUAUCAAAUAUUUAUUAAAAAAAAGGGUUACUAA